AUGAUAUCCUUUAUCCCUAUUUUGGUAUUAACUUUAGGUUGUUCUCAUUCAUUUAUAAUUGAAUUGAGUCAAGAUUAUUAAUUUAAAACUGAAUAGAUGAACCUUAAAUUUCAAGACUUUGUCUUAAAUCAAUAUUUUACUUAUGGUUUAUGGAGUAAAUAUAUACCAUUAGGGCAGAUAAGUUAAAUUGGAAGAAUUGGUUUAUUUGAUAGUAAUUGUUUUCAUUUACAUAAUGCGGCUGAUUCUGAAACAAUGAAAGUAGAUUUUAUAUACUUUGACUGUCUUGAUAUUGAUUUAAUGUAAAUUACUAAGGGAAUUCAAUUUUUUGAUAAUGAAGGAAAUUUUCAUAGUUACAAUAUUACAGUAGAUUCAUAAGACUAUGAGAGUUGUUGGUAUUUUAUUUAGAUUGCAUAGUGGCCAAUGUUAUAAAGGUUUGAAUUACUUUUUAUUUAUUAUCCUGACUUAAUCUUUUCAAAAGUUUUAAAAAUUAAAUAUCCCUAUAGGAGAAUAAAUCCCCUUCUCACUUUUGGAGGUGGAUUAAUACUAGAUAUAAAUAGUGAAUUCCUUUAGAAUAUGCAAGAUAGAAAACAAUUAUCUUAUUUUCCAGGAAAAUUAUAUUAUGAUUAUUUAUUUGUUGAUGUCAGAUCAAUAGAUAGAAAUGGAUUAAUAAUAUCUUUAGAUACAUUUGGUGGUCUUCAUAUAUGUAAUUGUUAAUCAAAUUUAAAUAUAAAUGUCUAAAAUGGCAUUCUUAAUUGGCUCGACAAUAAAUUUUUUACAUCUGAAAAUGCUAAUUGUGAAUCUUUUGGAUUAUCUGGAUGGCUUAAAAUUUUAGAAAUUUAUAAAAUAAAUGAUAAUUUUGAUUAUAAAUUUAUGAAAAUGAAUAAGUUCAGUUAGAACUAAAAGUUAAAUGAUGAUAAUUUAUCUGCUUUUUAACUUUUGUAUAGAAUAUCAGAUUUAAAAUUUAAGAUAGUAAUAAUGACUUAUAGUUACACCUUUCCUAGUGUAAAUAUAGAUUUUUCAAGCAACCCUUUUUUAAUUGCAAAAGAGACAGAAAUUUUAAAUGAUAUAUAUUUAUGGCAUUAUUUAUAAGUUGUAUUAUCAGAAAAUAUUCUAUAAAUAAAGAUUACAUUUUAUGAAGGAGAAAAUACAUAUAUAUAUCAAGAUUCAAUUAGUGUAUAUCAUUUUAAUGAAGUAUAAUUUUAAAUUCAUUAUGGAAAUAUAAAUUUGGAGCCUGAAAAUUAUUUGAAUGUUUAAAUUGAAAAUUUCAUUUUUUAAAAUUGUAAUAGUGAGUUUUUAGAUAAAAGUUGCCAUCCAAGUUGCUAAAAAUGUGAUGGUCCUACAAAUUCUGAUUGUUUAUCUUGUUCUUAAGAUUCAAACAGAAUUUAUAUUUCACAUCAAAAAGCCUGUGUUUGUCAUUAUAAUACAAUCGAUUAAGACUUUUGUUAUUAAAAAGAACAUUUUAAUCUUCAACUUUUAUAAUUAUCACAAUAAGCUGAAUUAACAAUAAAUUGUGAAUAUGGAUAUUUUAAUUUAAAUUAAACGUUUUGUUUAAAAUGGUAAUUAUAUAUUUUUAUCUUUAAGUCCUUCGAUAAUUAAACCUAACCUUAUUACUUGUUUAGAAUGCAUAUAAAAUCCUUUUAAUUGGAAAAAUGAUCCAUAUUGUCAGACAUUAUUAUAUAUUAUAGAAGAUAAUACAUCUAAUACAUUUAUUGAUGAAAAAAAAUCCUAUUAUAUCUUAGCUGGUGAUUAAAUAUAAUUAUGUUAAGAGUGUACUUCAAGUAAUUUUAAUGAUGAUUUAUUAUUGCAUAAAGAUUUUAUAAGUACAAUUAAACCAAAUAAAGAACUCUGUUAGAAUAAUUAUUCAAUUCAUAAAUUUGGUGUUCAAUAAUGUUAUUCUUGUCAAAUCAAGUAAUGUAUGGUUUGUGAGAUUUAAAAUGAUGGAUAUAAAUGUCUUGUUUGUAAUUAUGGAUCAUAAUUAAAAAAUGGUUUAUGUGUUCCUUUAAUAUUUUAUAACCGAAAUAAUCUAAAAGAUUGUGUUUCUCCAUUUUAUUUAACAUCAAAUAAAUAAUGUAAGAUUUGCCCCAUAAAAUAUUGUAAAUUCUGUUUUGAGUAUAAAAAUAAUGAUUUAUCAAAAUCUACUUUGUAUAAAGAUUAUGAAGAAUUUAAUUAAGAUGAGUAUCAUUAAAUUGGAUGUGCAUUAUGUGAAGAGAAUUUUAUAUUUGAUUUUAGAAAAGGAUUUUGUUUGCAUUAAAAAUCUAUGAUUUAAUAUUGUUAAAGAUCUUUUAUAAAUUUAUAAGGAGAAGAAAUAUGUACUUUAUCUUAGAUUGAUGAUUUCAGUAUAGCACCAGAAAUAAUUAAUUGUUAAAAAUACAUCACCAAUUGUUUAUAAUGUUUUUUAUCACCAUAACAAAUAAUUAAAUGUGUAAUAUGUAAAGAUGGUUAUAAAAAUUCAGUAAAAACAGGUCAUUGUUAAGUUAGUUUGAUUCCUUACUGUAAAAUAUGCAGUGAAGAUAUUGAAAAUUCUCUUGAUGCUUGGGUUUAAUUGAUAUAAAGUUUUUUAAUGCAAUUUUUACCUAAUCAAUAUUACUAUUAUGUUGAAGAAAUUUCAAUAAUGCAAACAGAAAUAACUAUUGAGUGUAAGGAAGGAUAUAAAUUAAUAAUAAAUUCAUGUUUAAAGAAUUGUGAACCUGAUUGUUUAUCCUGUUAAGAUUCUUUAGAUAAAUUGAGUGGUAUUGAAUGCAGGAAGUGUUCUCUAAAUUAUUAUAGGUUACCUAAUCGAUCAAAAGAUAAAGGUAAAUGUUUAAUCUGUCCUUAAUUAUGUUCAAUUUGUUAAAUACGAUCUUAAGAAGAAAUUUAAGUAAAUAGAUUAUUGUUAUUUUAGAUUGUUAAUCCUGAGUUUAUUGUUAAUGAAUUGAAUGCUCAUUUUUCUUACAAAUGCUUAUAACCAGCCUCUGAUCCUAAUAUAAAGAUUAAUCCAUCGUUGUAAAUUGCUAAAUACUGUUUUAGCAAAGAUUGUGAAAAUCAUUUUUAGUAUGAAGUAUAUAGAUAGUUAUUUUAAGUAUUUGAUGAAUUGUUAGAACUAAUAAUUAGGAUUAAGAUAUGGAUCAAAUUUCUAGUAUCAAUAAAAUAUUAAUAAAAUUUAUCUUAAUAAUAUGGGAAUUGAAAUUAUGUAAAUCAUUUUAAAUUUUACAAUGUUCAAUUUCGAAAUUGAUUGCUUAUAUGAAAAUCCUAUUAGGAUAGAUAAUAGUUUAAGGAAAGAAGUGUUUUCUUUAUAAAUUGUUAAAAUCCAAAUUAUAGGCUAAAAGUAAAAUAAUACAAAAAUUAAUUAUAAUUUUUUCAUUACAAAUUUUGAUGUUGUUGAAAUUAUUUAACUAUAUUUUUAUGUAGACUCAUUAUUUUACAUUAAUUUAAAUAGCAAAUAAUAACUCACUUUAAUUAUUAACGAAACAAUAUUUUUGGCGAAAAAAGAUAUUAUUUAAUCUCAAUUUUAAAUAAUAGGAUAACUUUAUUAAGAUUUUAUUUUGAAAGAUGUUAAAUUUUUAAAUUUAAUAAUCUUUGGAUCUUAUAUGUUUAAUAUAAAAUACAAUAAUACUAGAGGAAUAGUUCUUAUUGAAAAUCUAUAAAUAAUUAACUGUACUUUUACAAAUUCAUCAUUCAUUCUCUUUACUGGCAAUCCUUAUAAAAUUAUGCUUAAUAAUAUAUAGAUCAUAAAUUGUUAAUUUUAUAAUUCUUCAAGUUUUAAUUUUUUUGAUCAAAUAUAGAAAAAAUAUCUGAUUUCUAUUCAAAAAUUUUCAGUAAUUAAUUGCACUUUUUAAUAAUCAAUUAUGAUUAAUUAUCCAUAUAAUUUUGAAUUGCUUAUUUAGGAUUUGGAUUUUUUUCAUAAUUCUCUCUUUUUAUCAAAUAUCCUAAUUUGUAAUUCCAAGGCUAUAUAUAUAAAUUUAGUUCUGAGAUAUAACGAUUUUAUUGAUUCAUAUUUUUUAGUUUCCAAUUAAGUAAAUCAAACUAAUGAUAUCAAUUUAAAUUUUUAGAACAUUGAAAUUUAUAACAACUCAAUCAAAAAAUCUACUAUAAUAAAAUUAACAUCUAAUUUAAUUUCAAAUUCCUAUCACAUACUUUUAUCAAAUAUAACUAUAUUAAAUAAUCAAAAUGAAAUUUAAGAUGAAUAGAAGAAUUAUUUAUUUUAUAUCCAUGCCUAAACAUUAAAAAUCAGUUAAAUGAUAAUCAAAGAUUCUCCUAAUCAAAAAUAUUUCUAUGUAUAUCAAACCCAAGAAAUUCUUUUUCAAAAUAUCUUAUUUACUAACAGCUAAAUAAAAUCAAAAGUACCUUUGGAUUUAUCGUGUUUAGAUAAAAUUAAGUAAAAUCAACAACUCCUAGAGGUAUAAGGCUUUCAAAAAUUACAAUUAUUUAACAUAUCAGUUUUAUAUCAUUUUAAUAUUGAUUAGACUUUAAUUACAAUCUUUUCAAACAUCAUAUACUAAUCUGAUAUUUCCCAAACAGUAAAUAUAUCAAAUUUAACUUUUUAAAAUAAUAUACUACUAAAAAAUAAAAUUGCAAAUCUGUUAUCAUUGAUAGCUAUUUAUUCUGAAUAAAACCAGAUAAUUUAAAUUUCGAAUUUGAAAUUUAUUGAGAAUAUUUAUAAUCAAUAUUCUGACGAUUUUUAAUCAUCUUCAUCGAGUUUGUUUUAUAUUAAUUCUUAAUUAAGCGAAAUAAUUCUUUAAAAGUGCUUCUGUUACAAUAAUAUGCUAACAAAUUCCAUAAGCUCAUUUGCUACAAUAUACUCAAAUAAUAUAAAAAUAUAAAAUUUUACAGUAAAAAAUCUUAAUAUUAUAACUGAAAACAUUUUCAAAUAAUAUUACUAAAUAGAGCUUUUAGAAUCAUUUACAUAAAAUGAAAUUUUGCUUAUAAUAAAAUCUUAUUUAAAAAUACAAAAUAAAGGAGGGGUUAUGUAAAUCACUGCUUCGAAUAUUUCAAUUAAAGACAGCUAUUUUGAAAAUAUUUUAGCAUAAAGCAGUGCUGUAUUUGGAAUAACAACUAAACUUAAAGGUGUAGUUAUCAUCAAAGGAGUAACAUUAAAAAACAUCUAAGUUGAUUUUACUUAAAGUUUAGAUAUUUAUGGAAGUAUCUCUAUAUUUUCCUAGAAUAGCUAAUUAUAAUUAGAAUUAAUUGAUAUUAAUUUUAUCAAUGUUUAUAAUAAAUUUGGUUCAUCAAUUUUAACUCUAUAUCCUUCAAUGAAGUAAAAUAAACUUGUAUUUUAAAAUAUCUAUCUUGAAAACAGCCUCUCUUUAAUGAAUUCAUUCACAAAACUUUAGUUUUCAUAGAAAGAAAUUGAUCUUAAUUCUAUUAUAAUUUAAAAUAUGACAGUAAUAUAAACUAUGGAAGCAUGGAUCAACUACUUUACUUUUGUUGGAACCUUAAGUGUUAUAGAAAUGGUGAAAAUACUUUAUGAUAAUGCAAUAAUAAAUAUUUUUGGUUGUUCUGUGAAAAUUAUUGGUUUAAAUGUUUAAGGAGUACUCUUUUCAUCAGUUUUAAAAGUUAUGGAUGCCUAUUAAUUCUUACUGGUUGAAACUUAUUUCAUUUCUUUAUCAUCUUUUCUCUCAAUUAAUAUAAUUUAUAUAGGGUAGGAUAGACUAAAUAAUUUGUAGUUAAGUAUUUAUUAGAUUGAAUUUGACUCAUAUUUUUAAUUUGAACCAAAAGAUAAUUAAAUUAUACUUUAAAAUUUAUUUACUCUUAACAAUUAAUUUUCAAAAUGUUAAUUAAUAAUUAAAAAAUCGCAUUUUAUUUAAUCAAAUCAUAGUUUGAAUUCAAUUAUAAAACAAUUAAAGCUACAGUAAUCAAAUACUGGAUCUUUAAUCUUCAUUUAAAGCUAGACAAAUCAAACAAAAAUUUUUUUAAGUUCUUUGAAAAUUAAGAAUAAUAAUUGUUCAAACUGCGGUUUAGGGAUUAUUUACUUUGAUAUUAAUAGUUUUAAUCACAUCAAAAUGAAUAACAUAUUGUGUUAUUUUAAUAAGAUUUUAAAACAUGGUUGCAUUACUUUCAUAUCUAAUUAUACUUUAGCAAGUUCUGUAAUUAUUGAAAACUCUUAAUUUGUUAGAAAUGACGGUACUUAAGGUACAGGAAUUACUUCAAUAAAUAUCAAAUUGAGAAUAUCAAAUUGUAUUUUUCUGUAAAAUAAUGCAUCUUUAAUGGGAGGGGCAAUAUAUAUAGGAUCAAAUCCAAAUUAAUUUUAAUUCUAUAAAACAAUAAUAAUGGAUAAUGAGGCAAAAGUUGGAGGUGGAAUUUAUUUAAAUGGAAAUAAUAGUUUGAAUCAUAAUAAUUUUAAUAAAUCUAUUUUAUAGUUUAAUAAAGCCUAUUAAAAUAGCAAUAAUUUAAUUGAAAUACCAGAUCAUUUAGGAUUAUAGAUAAAUGAUUUAGAAAUGAGAUCUACUCAAAAUGUAAAUUAGAGACUGAUAACAAAUACUCUAAAAAUAAAUUCUUAUUAAACAAUUUAGUAAGAUAAAAAAAUAAAAACCAUUGAUUUAAUGGUACCAAGUAAUUAAUAAAUUGGAAAUUAUGGUUUAUUUAGUAUAUAAAAAAUGGAUUAUUUUGUAUAGAUUAGUAAUAUUACACUUUCAUUUAGGAAUAGCAUGAAUGAAUUAUUAAAUAAUGUUGAUGAUUUUAUAUGUGAACUAAGUUAAGCUAUUUAAUCUAAAGAUGAAAAAAUAUCGAGAGAAGAAAAUUUUUUGUAAAUCUUAUCUUAUGAUAAUUAAACCUAAAAAUUUGAUUUGGGAAACAAAAUAUUCCAAUUAGACCCUUAUUUAAAUUAAAACAAAUAAUUUUAAAUACAAAUCGAUUGCAUUAUUUAAUUUAGUUAAAAACAUCUAAGAUACAUAAUUUAUGCGAAAAGUUAUUUAUGUUAAUUAGGCGAAUAUUAUGUUGGGAAAGGUUGUUCAAAAUGUUAAUCUAUUUAAGGAUAUUAUUCAGUUACUUAUAAUGCAACAAAAUGCUCAAUUUUUGAUAAUAUAAAAUUUAAGAAUAUCACAUCUAAUUUAAUCAACUUAAAUCCUGGCUAUUGGAGGCCAGAUUAUUAUUCUGAUUAAACUGAAUUAUGUUUUAAAAAUUAAAUAUUUUGUUAAGGAGGUUGGGAAGUUAAUGAUAAAUUAUGUCUUUAAGGUCAUAUUGGUGGACUAUGUGAAGAAUGUGAUAUUUACAAUAUUAGAGGAUUUGGAAAGCAUUUUAAAAGUCUUACAAAUAUGUAAUGUUAAAUAUGUCCGAGAGAAUCAAUUAAUCUUAUACUUUUUAUUUUUGUAACUCUAUGGUAUAAACUUUAAAUCUUAUUUAGGUCGUUUUUUACGAUUUUUUUAUCUGUUAGAAGUAUAGAAAAAACGAAUUUAUUAUACACUUCUUUGGGUUUAAAACAAAAAUUUAGAGGAAUUAUUUUUAAACUUAAUUAAGGUAUAUAUUUUGAUCAAUAAUUAGAUCAUCAAAGUUUCUUAAUUAAAAUGCUACUCAAUUAUUUAUGGUUAUUUUCUCUUAUUUAUAGCUUUAAUAUUAAUUUUUCUUUUUCCAACACAUUUUUUGAAUCAGCGAGCAAUUCUUCUCUUGUCUUAGCUUACAGUUUAGAUUGCUAUUUAUCUUCUCAAAUAAAUACAGAUAUUAUAUACUCAAGAAUAAUUACAAUGAUGGUAUUCAUACUCUUUUAAUUGAUAUUGUUUGUUCUGGCUCAUAAAUUUUAUUCAAUAUUUUAAAAGCAUAAAUUUAGAAUGAGCAUAGUAACUAAUACUAUUCUAUAUUAAUAUCUCUCGAAUCAUGCAACUUUAAUUAAACAGUAUAUUAUAAUAAUUAUAUUAGAUUUUGUUCAUUAUUAGCUGUAAGGCGUAUUUCAAAUAUUGAUUUUGUAUAAGGGAAUGUAUCAUUUUCAUUCAAUACUUAAACUCAUUUUCGAUGGAUUAUUGGAUUUAUACUUCCAAGUUUAAUUUUAGUUGGUCUAGCAAUUCCAGUCUUUUUGUUUUUAUUAAUGUUUUUUAUAAAGGAAAAACUUGAAAUAAUCUAAUUUAGACGACAUAUUUGUUAUUUAUUUAAUGAAUAUAACAAAAAUACCUAUUUUUGGGAAUAUAUUAAGAUUUGUAAGAAAACUUUAGUAAUUUUUAUUAUGAUUUAUUUUGAAACCAAUAUACUAUUAAAAGCCUCUUUGUUAGGGUUGUGCUUAUUAUUAUAUUAAUAAUUGGCUUUAAAAUAUAAACCCUUUAUUUUAAAUAGUUUAAAUGUUUUGGAUAUUUCAACAAGUUAAAUAUGUUCAAUAUCAAUAUUUUUAGCUGCAGUAUAAUAUGUAAGUGAUUAAUAAAAUCAUGUUAUUUCUUUCAUUUUAUAGAUAGUUUUAAUUCUAUUAUGGAUAAAACUUUGUUAACCGUUUAUUUUAAAAAUACUUAGCAUUUAUUAUAAACGACAUAGAAUAGAAUUGCUAAUUUAGAUUUAACUUGUAGUUUAAAAAAUUAAAUAAAAUUCUUAUAUAGAUUUAAUUUUGAAUAAGUAAAUUAUGAAAUGGACUAAGCAAGAGAAAUAAAUAAAAUAAAAUUAUGAUAAAUUAAAGAUGUAUCUGAUUUGUUUUUCGAAGCUAUCACUUGAAUAAUAAAAGUAAUUAUCAAAUUAUCUUUAGGAAUGUGAAUUCACAAUUGAUUUCUGUGUAAACAUUAAGAAGUAGGGUAUCAUUCAAUGAAAAUGAUAUGAAAUAGUUAUUUUUGACUUAAAAUACUUGCUGA